AUGCUUGGUUUGGUUCCAACCAAUAUAGCUGGUCUUUACUGUUUAUGGAAUCUCUUUCUUCCAUUUGGUUUUCGCACAACAAAAAAAUUCAUUCUCCUGAAUUUUCCAUGCCUCAACAUCCAGUUGCCUACAUUAAAGGAAGAGUCUUUGAAGUACAACAACCUCAACUCAAUCUACCUCAUUCGGUGCGUCCUUGCAGAAUUUAAUCUCAUUUAUGUGUUUCUAGAUGCUGAAACUUUUCUGAAUUUCAGAAUUUUGGUGAUUUUUUUUAAUGGUAGUUCUGUUAGUGAAGUGUGUGCGGAUUUGGUUCGUGGUGCCAAGGAUAAGAGGUUGAGGGUGAAGGGACCUGUUAGGAUGCCCACCAAGGUUCUUCAUAUCACUACCAGGAAGGCCCCGUGUGGUGAAGGAACCAACACCUGGGACAGAUUUGAGCUCCGUGUCCACAAGCGAGUGAUUGAUCUCUUCAGCUCCCCAGAUGUGGUUAAGCAAAUCACCUCCAUCACUAUUGAACCUGGGGUUGAGGUUGAGGUCACAAUUGCAGAUUCUUAAAAUUGUUUAGUCUGGGAACCUUUUUCUUUGAUGUCCUCCAACAUGGGAACAAGAUUUUUUGGGGAAGUUAGUUAGUCAGAGUUUUCUAAAUUACAAUUUUGAAGUUUAAUAGUCGAGUUUUAUGUGGCAUAUGCCUUGUUUAAGUUUAUUUUUAAGAAAUUCAAAUGCAUGCUAUUUUUUGAUCUGCUAGUAAUUGGAGUGGAAAUUUCUCUUGCA